AAGGCUGGCAGGUCCUUCCCUGGGCAGACAGAUCACCUGAUACAGACGGUGGGGCCCGAGCCCUGGGAUUGGCCUAAAACAGGGUGUGUUUUUGCCCACCGGCUGGGCCUUGGCGUCCUGUCAAACUGCCUUCACACCCAGCCGUUAAAAAGAACAACGUCUGUGGGACUCUGUGCUGGAGGAAGCAACCAUGCAGGUGCUGAACAAACGCUACCCCAAGAACUGCCUGCUGAACGUCAUGGACAGGUACUCGGCCGUGGUGCAGAACAUGGAGCAGGUGGUGAUGUUCCCCAGCCUCCUGAAGGACGUGCAGUUGAGUGCGCAGGCUGGGGCCCCCAGUCUCUACAACUACUUCACCAUGCUCAAGGCCAUCCGCACGGAUGUGGACCACGGCCUGCUGCCGCGGGAGGAGCUGCAGGUCAAGGCGACUGGUGGUAAAACCGAUGUGACUGAGAAUGAAGCUGCAGAGACGGAGGAGGGCGAGGAGGGCGAGGAGGAGGUCUUGGGGCAGCUGGACCUGGAAGCCCAGUUCCACCUGCACUACACUAGCCUUCAUCACAUCCUCACCCACCUCACCUUGAAGGCCGAGGAGGUGACGAGAAUAUACCAGGAAAUAACAGGACAAGCUGUGUAGGCCUCGGACUCUAGGGAAGACUCCGUGAUGAGAACUUGGAGCAGCUCACUGACCCUGAUGAUACCAGGAAGGCUAGACCUACAGCUGCGAUGAGGCGACGUGAUUUUCUGAGAUGCUUCCCUACCCCUCUCCGGGCACCAGUUCUGGACUUGUCACAGGGUCACCACCUUUAGGAUGCCUGUCGCUAUUCACAACUCCUGCUCAGCUCUUACCAGCUUGGGACAGUGGUUCGUGAGGGACUAGAUGUUACCUAGCUAAUGUGCCACAGUAGGAAGAAUAUAGGUUUCAGCAUCUGACUCUUAGCACUUAUUCAAUGUGAUCUUGGGCAAGCUAUUUAACUGGCUGGAACCUAAAUUUCAUGACCUAUAAAAUGGAGAUACUGCGUGCCUCAAAGUUGUUCUAGAAAUUAAACAAGAUACAAUCAAAAGCA